AUUACCAGUAGGUAUAAUUAUAGACAAUGUCUACCGAUGUUAAGAAGAGAAGUCUCGGUAGUGAGUUACUCGCUAGUUCCGGAAAAAGACGAAGAUCGGUGCUUCCACCUCAAUCUACCAAUAAGGUUAAUGAAGAUGGUAUAGCUCAAUGCUUUCAUAAAGUUUCUACUUCAUUAUAUGUAUCAUUAGCACCUAUUCAUCUUAAUGAUCCUAUCAAUGGAAUUAAGGCUCAACAUUUAGACCCAUUGGUCAUGACAUAUUUUCCUAAGGCUAAAGGAGUAGUUUUAGCAUACUCUAAUAUUAAAUUAUCACUGGACAAUGUUUCUCAAGAUAGUCAUGAUAAAACUAUAUCUGUAGCUAAAAUUGAAGGAUCUUCACCAUUCACAUUCUUAUGGAUUACAGUAGAUUUCUUAGUAUGGAGACCUCAAGUUGGAGAUGUUGUAGAAGGAUACAUCUAUAUGCAAACAGCUUCACAUUUAGGGUUAUUGAUUCAUGACACUUUUAAUGCAUCUAUAAAGAAAUAUAAUAUUCCUAGUGGUUGGCAAUUUGUACCUAACCAAGCAGAUGAAAUCACAGAUGAUACUGCUACUAAAUUCAAGUCAUUUGGAUACUGGAUGGAUGAAAAUGAAGUCAAAGUAGAAGGUAAAAUUAAGUUCACCAUUAAAUCCAUUCAUACUACUGGUAAAGUUGUCUCAGUUGAAGGAACUUUAAUAACGCCUGGUUCUGAAAGAGAAGCUCAACCUGUAUUAAGAGAAAGACGUUCUUCUACAUCUACUGCUCCAGCAACUCCUGGUAAGCAUAAACGAUUCGAUGAAGUAGAUGAAGUCGUACUUGAGAUUCCAGAACCAAAGGAUGAGGACGAUUUACCAACAUAUGCCAAGGAGGAAAGCGAUUCUGAUGAGGCUGACGAGGAUAAUGUCGUAGUGAACAAAGAAGAGUCCGAUUCGGAAGAUUCAAGCUGAAUCACUGUAUACUAUAUAUAUAAGAAAUCAAUAAAUAAAAUUCUUUUAUUAAC